UAAAUAGUCACUAGCUUGAGUGUUUAACUUCUUUAUUUGCGUACAUUUUAGCGUGUACCUAGACACAACGUGUUUGGAAAACUUUUCUUGACGUCACGACUAUCGCGGUCUAUUAUUGUCAAAAAAAGCAUUUUUAUUUUUGUUAGCAAAAUUUCAAUUUGUUUAUUUAUAUUGUAAUUGAUUGUAAUUUAUACCAUUUAUACUUAUACUGAGUCUGGGUGUGAAAUGUGAAUGCCCUGGUGUAAAAUUAUCAUUGGAAUACCUAAAAUCAAGUUUUAAUAAAAUGGAAGUGAAACAAGAAUUUAAUGAGGAAACCUGUAAAAUAGAAAUAGAGUAUAAUCACUUGAAUGAUACUGUUCUAGAUGGUUUUAAAUGUGAACUCAUAGAGGAAUCCAAUAGCCAAAGUACACAUGGCACAUAUGAUUAUUUUGACUUAAAAAAAUGUCACAUAAAAACUGAAAUAGAACAACAUGAAAAUGCCCCUAAUCCAUUUGAAGAAAACCAAGAAACUGAAAAAGGUUGUCUCCAAGGGAACAAGAUGGAAAUUAUAGAAACAGUAACUGAACAUUCAUCUCAGGAAGAACAUUACAUGAAUCGAUAUGCGGAAGGAAAAACAUUAAAAAAAAAUGUAAAAGUUGUGAAUGAAAAAAAACCUUAUAAAUGUGAAAUUUGUUUUAAGCAAUUUAGUGAAGCAGGUAAUUUAAAAACACAUUUGAGAGUGCACACUGGAGAAAAGCCUUACAAGUGUGAGAUUUGUUUUAAACAAUUUAGUGAAGCAGGUAAUUUAAAAAGGCAUUUGACAGUGCACACGGGAGAAAAACCUCACAAGUGUGAAAUUUGUUUUAAGCAAUUUAUUACAGCGUGGAAUUUGAGAGUACAUUUGAGAUUGCACACUGGAGAAAGACCUCACAAGUGUGAAAUUUGUUUUAAGUCGUUUAUUACAAUAAGUAUGCUGAAAGUACACUUGAGAGUGCACACUGGAGAAAAGCCUCACAAGUGUGAAAUCUGUUUUCAGCAGUUUAGUCAAGUAAAUCAUUUAAAAACACAUUUGAGAGUACACACUGGAGAAAAACCUCACAAGUGUGAAAUUUGUUUUAAGCAGUUUAAUACAGCAGGUGCUUUGAAAGUACAUUUGAGAAUACACACUGGAGAAAAGUCUCACAAGUGUGAAAUUUGUUUUAAACAAUUUAGAGAAGCAGGUAAUUUAAAAUGGCAUUUGACAGUGCACACGGGAGAAAAACCUCACAAGUGUGAAAUUUGUUUUAAGCAGUUUACUACAGCGGGACAUUUGAGAGUACAUUUGAGAUUGCACAAUGGAGAAAGACCUCACAAGUGUGAAAUUUGUUUUAAGUCGUUUAUUACAAUAAGUUUGCUGAAAGUACACUUGAGAGUGCACACUGGAGAAAAGCCUUACAAGUGUGAGAUUUGUUUUAAAAAAUUUAGUGAAGCAGGUAAUUUAAAAAGGCAUUUGACAGUGCACACGGGAGAAAAACCUCACAAGUGUGAAAUUUGUUUUAAACAGUUUAUUACAGCGGGACAUUUAAGAGUACAUUUGAGAUUGCACACUGGAGAAAGACAUCACAAGUGUGAAAUUUGUUUUAAGUCGUUUAUUACAAUAAGUAUGCUGAAAGUACACUUGGGAGUGCACACUGGAGAGAAGCCUCACAUGUGUGAAAUUUGUUUUAAGCAGUUUAGUGGAGUAGAACAUUUGAAACGACAUUUGAGAGUACACACUGGAGAAAAGCCCCACAAGUGUGAAAUUUGUUUUAAACAAUUUAGUCAAGCAGGUAAUUUAAAAAGACAUUUGACAGUGCACACGGGAGAAAAACCUCACAAGUGUGAAAUUUGUUUUAAACAGUUUAUUACAGCGGGACAUUUAAGAGUACAUUUGAGAUUGCACACUGGAGAAAGACAUCACAAGUGUGAAAUUUGUUUUAAGUCGUUUAUUACAAUAAGUAUGCUGAAAGUACACUUGGGAGUGCACACUGGAGAGAAGCCUCACAUGUGUGAAAUUUGUUUUAAGCAGUUUAGUGGAGUAGAACAUUUGAAACGACAUUUGAGAGUACACACUGGAGAAAAGCCCCACAAGUGUGAAAUUUGUUUUAAACAAUUUAGUCAAGCAGGUAAUUUAAAAAGACAUUUGACAGUGCACACGGGAGAAAAACCUCACAAGUGUGAAAUUUGUUUUAAACAGUUUAUUACAGCGGGACAUUUAAGAGUACAUUUGAGAUUGCACACUGGAGAAAGACAUCACAAGUGUGAAAUUUGUUUUAAGUCGUUUAUUACAAUAAGUAUGCUGAAAGUACACUUGGGAGUACACACUGGAGAGAAGCCUCACAUGUGUGAAAUUUGUUUUAAGCAGUUUAGUGGAGUAGAACAUUUGAAACGACAUUUGAGAGUACACACUGGAGAAAAGCCCCACAAGUGUGAAAUUUGUUUUAAACAAUUUAGUCAAGCAGGUAAUUUAAAAAGACAUUUGACAGUGCAUACUGGAAAAAAAGCCUCACAAGUAUGAAAUAUGUUUUAAGCAAUUUAGUGAUAAAAGUACUUUAAAAACACAUUUGAGAGUGCACUCUAGAAAAAAGCUAAACAGGAACUGAUCUUUAUUUUGAUCUUAGAAUAUAGGUAUAGUCUAAGCCAGCGUUUCCCAAAUGGUGAGUCGCGACUCGGUCCAAGAAAGAAAAAUGCCGGGUCGCGUCGUCUCGCCGUCUCACAUCUUGCAUUUUAAGGCCGCGCUCUGACUGACGCCACCGCUAUCUUUGUGAUAUUUUUGACUUCUUGAACAAUGUAAAUAUGACAUUACAAGGUAGCAAUGUAAAUGUAUUUAGAGUACAAGAGAAGAUGGAAGCUGCAACAACAAAACUUAAUUUGAGGACAAGCAUUAAAUUACAAAGCUUUUAAAAAGCUAACAGAACUACAAAAAGAGUAUAACGUGAAUUCAUUGUAGGAUAAGAUUUCAGUAGCUUUCAAGGAACACCUGUUCUGGAGGAAAAUCUGAAGGAAUAUUCCCCCAUCCCAGAGCUGGGUAGUAUCCGGAUACUUUUGUAUCCGAAUACAAUAUCCGGAUACUUUUUAUGUAUCCGAAAGCUGUAUCCGGAUACUUUUUAAAUUUUGUAUCCGGUAUCCGUAUCCGUGAUCAAAUUUUAAAGUAUCCGGCGUCCGGAUACUUUUUUUGAUAUUCGGAUACUUUUAAAUAUUUAUCGCGAGAAAAAUGAAGAGGACGACGAUGAGAAAAUUGGUGAAGAAGAUGAAUUGCAAAUUUUACAUUUGGACGUUGAUCAAGCCUAUGAAGGAAAAGAGUUAGUUAGAAGACCAGGAUAUACAGUUACCCAAACAUAUGCGAUGUGCCACACAUACUUUAAAUUUAAUAGCCACAACCGAUUAUAAAAAUACUGUAACAACAAUUCCAGCGAUACGAACAAGAGAAAAGAAUGCAUUUAGUAAAUGUGCUCAAUUAUGGAAAAAAUCAAAUAAACCAAAACGUAAUGAAAUUAUAAUUAAACUUUUAGGGCAUACUUUAAGUUCUCCAGGGGCCACUAGAUGGAACUAUGUACACUUUUGAUGCCGUUUCGCAGAUUCUUAAAGCAAAAGAAAAACUUCCAAUUUUGCAACAACAUUUCACGUUAGAAACUUUCAAGGAAACUUAACUGUUAUACCUAGAGGAAUACUGUUUAGUUAUGAAACAUUUGGCCUCAACGUUAGAUUUGUUACAAGGUGAAGACAAUGUAUCUUUUGGAUAUUUGUUACCCAGUUUAAUUUCAUUAAUUAAUAAAUAUGAGAAACUUCUUGCCCAAACGAAAUUAAAAUAUGGAGGAGAACAUCUAGCAAAAAUGUGCAUUAAAAGCUUAAAUACUCGUUUUGCAAACAUUUUAAAUUUGGAAUGGGAAGAUCGAAUUAUAGCUGCAGUUCUUCCUAAAUUUAAGCUUAAGUGGUACAAUGUCGUAAAAAAUCCCCAAAAAACUAUAGAAGAUAUAAAAAAAUGCAUUAUAACUGUCGCCAAAACAAAAAUGGAAUUGGAAAGUUGCAAUGAAUCAGAUGAAAGUGGAGAUCAAAAUUUGGAUGACUUUUUUGAUUUUAGCAAUUUUCGAGACCAGCAAGUGGACAACAGCUGUACUAUUAAUUAUACACAGAAUGAACAGGGUUCCAGCAUCAAUAAUAGAACUUCAAAAGUACAGUUGGAGUUGCUAAGAUAUUUGGAGGACAAAAGAACCAAUUUGAACAUCUUAAAUGAAUACCCAAUCUUAAAAAGGGUGUCAAUAAAGUACAACACAUGCUUACCUUCGUCAGCACCAGUUGAAAGACUUUUCUCUUUUGCAACUAUGAUUGAUACGCCUAAAAAAAAGCUUUAAGCGAUGAACACUUUGAGGUAUUGGUACUUACAAAGGCAAAUUCAAAGGCACUUCACUUCUGACUUCGUCAGCAAUUGGAAUACUUUCUGUAUUAGUACGUUUUUAUUUUAAUUUAAUGUUUCCUUAUAGGUUAAGUUCUAGUUUUAUUAUUCAUAAGCAAUAAAUAAUUUUUUGAGUA